CUCUGCUGCUAAUACCGUAGGUAGUGCGCAGUGGUAAAGGCCUCCGUGCACGCGCGGGCCCGUGUGGUGAACACACACAACAGGUGUCCCGCGAUCGGCGCUCUCCCGCGGUACCGGUUCGGUUCUCCAUUUUGCUCCCCCGGGUUAGGUUUACACUCCCCGUCCGUCGCCUUUCACUCCGAGGGACGAGCGAGCAGAGCAGAGAUACGCGGUCGAGUGUGGUACGCGAGCGUAGCGCGGUGUGGUGAGAACGUACCCCGGAGCGUGCGGCGAGCCGAUCGGCGUAACAUGAUGUCGGAGACCGUGGUGACGAUGGACGGUUCCAGCAACAACGCCAGCAACAAUCCGCGACAGGUGCCCACGGUGAAGACGGACCCGGGUCAGCCGAGCCCGCUGGCCGGAGUCCGGCUGAACGUGCCUUACUUCAAGACCAUACCCGGCAUCCUCAAGCUGGUGCAGCUGGCUCUGGGCAUAAUAUGUAUGGCGUGUGCGUCUCCAGCGUACAUAGGUGCAACGCACUGGUUUCUGUUCGUCGUGGUAAUGUCCUUCAUAUCUACACUUAUAUGGAGCGCUAUAUACCUCCUGUCUCUGCGGGAGGCACUUAAAGUGCCCAUCAACUGGAUCCUAACUGAACUUUUAAAUACAUCUAUAAAAACUGUGCUUUACAUGAUCGCAUUCAUCGCACAGUUGUCGGCUUGGAGCGCAUACAGACACUCAUCAGCGAAUAUCACUGCUGGGGUAUUUGGAAUCUUCAAUACAAUCGCAUAUGCUGCCGGAGCUUAUUUCCUAUACGUCGAAUGGAAGAGCACUAACACGCAAUGAGCAUUGUCGGCCUACAAAGAACAAGCCAGGUACCUGAAGAGCAUGCAGCAACAACAACAAUUGCCGUGACCAGAUCCGCAACUUCUCAGCGUCCGUCCAAGGAAAUUUUGGCAUGAUCCCAAGAUCAUGCUCGGCAAGAGAGUCAGCGCUGGGAGGGACGGCUUGAAACUAGUCCGGCGUGAUCCUCCUCAGAUCGUGUGUAGCUUAAAAAAAGACUUUGUACCUACGUGCCUUAAGAUUAGUUACUUGUCGUGAUCAUCGUUGUUCAGAACGAAACUCGGUACUGCGUCGGGAAGGGUUGACGAAGUCGCAGAAGCGAACGGAGUGCUACAUUCGAAAUACCUGCCUGAAGACAAUAAUCUACAAAAUCUACGCGAGGCAAUGUAAUUUUACGCGAAAUUAUAACACAGAAGUAAUCCAAGAAAUAAACUCAACGUACGUUUUAAAAUUAUUUUAAAUACAGAAAAAAUUUCUUUACGUGUAAGUUAAUUACGUGUAAGUUCCAGUAAUCUCGAUAUGGGUUAUUGGGAUAUUUAAUCUGCUUGUUAAUAAAGAAAUAAAUAUCUUUAGAUAUUACUAGAAAUAAGUAUCUUUAGAUAAUAUAGGAAGUUACAUUUUGUGGCUGAAAAUAUUUAUCAUUUAGUUUUCCAUAAUACAUUUCUUUGUUUUUAUUAAAUUAACCUAAGAUUUUAAUUAAGAAAGCUUUAUUAUUUUAUAUA